UAUGAAGGUUUCAUUUUUAUAUUCUUUCAAUUGUAAAUAAUUCUAGCAUAUAUAAAUAACUUUUAGACAGUGAAUGAUUUCAAAGGUGUUGUAAUUGCGUUGGUAACGACUUUAUAUCUUUGGUUUGAUAUCUGUCUCGUCUUUUACUACGACAUUUCCGUAUCCGGAAAGUUUGUUUACAUGGGUUACAUCGACUGCUAUGUUGCUACAUCGGUGUCAUUAGAUGUUAUAUGCUAAACACGCCUUGUAAACCGACACAUUUAGAUCCAAUAGAAGGGAACUAUGGCAAGCGCAUCUCACCACAGACAACAUCUAACUGGAUACUUGGAUAAACAUAAAAAUAAACAGCUCAACAACAAUGAUUCAAGUUCAGGGAGUGGAAGUGGAAACGGUAGUUCCAGUAGCCAAAAAACCAUGAAUUCCGGAAGUGGUAAAACAUCAACAAAACCAGUGGCAAAUUCAAGAGCAAGGGGAGGAAGAAAUACCACUGCAGUCACUAACAGUCGAAGACGUCCUCCACCACUGAUAAAAGGAAAGGCGACAAUAGAACAUCUCCCAUAUGAGAUUAUGGUGGAGAUAUUUAGCUGUCUGGAAGCCCAGGAUCUGCUGAAAGCUGCCUGUGUGUGCAAGAGAUGGCACAAUCAAGCCAAUGACAACCUGCUGUGGGAGAAGAUUUUCCGAACACAUGGUGCCACAUUGAAAGAUGACGGAGCCAAGCCUCUCCGACCACCUCUGGAGUACUGGAAACAACUCUGUAUAAAACGGUGCACAGAAAAACGGAACAAGACCUGUCUGAAGCUACUGAAAAAGAUGCACCCCUACACUGGUCUGCCCAGAUUCACAGAGAAAGCUCUGAGAAGUGCAGGUGUGUGGUUCCAGCUGUGUUUGAUUGACAGCGAUGGAAAAGAGCACACCAGUAUGACGUGUGAUGUAUUCCACCACAGCAUGUCAAUAGCAGUACGCUGGUAUAGCCUCACCAAUGUCCCCCUGGCUAGAAUCAAGCAACUCAAAGUCUUCUCUUGCAAUCCACUGUUCUUUGAUGAAAAAGGUCAUGCAGUCCGGACUGGCCCCUACCAGAGGUCACUGAUGUCCAGCACUGAUCUCAAGUGGAGUGUUUAUGUGAAGGACACAACGCCCGUGGCAGCCAAUGACACUAUUGUGUUGUACAGUGUGCCUGCAUCAGACCUCCUUGUCGCCACAUGGAAGGCAGAUGGUGAGUUGGCGUUUGUUGCCGUCGGUUACCACCAUCUACAGUUGGUACACAGAUGCUUGCUAGGCACCACCACCAGUGCAUUUCCACUGCCGGUUCACACUCCUGUACCAGAUGAUAUUGACCCUAGUUAUGGUCUCCAUGACUACCGGUGUACAGUGGACGUCCGCAACAUGAGAAGCUCGCUGUGGACACAACAGUUUCAGGGCCUGCACUGCAGGAAGCAAGACAUUGGUGAGGGCUACGCCUACUUCCGCCUGAUCAGGAAGGACCACACAGGGGACCACGUCAUCAUCCCCAAACAGUUCAGUCUCCCCUGGAAAACUGAUCUCUUCAAAGGCAUCAUCAGGAACGUUGCAUGGUUGGAUCUAACGCUUCUAGACGAGAGGGAAACGGUGUUUUGGUCAUUCAGUUCACCAUUAACAGCACAGACAAAAGAAAAAACAAAAAAUGUUGACUUUGUUUACAAUGGGGAGGAUCACUUGACUGCCAUGUUCACUGGAGUGAAGGGACAAGUACAUAUUGAACUGAAUCAGAUGGAUGAUGAUCGCACGUUCGUGUCUUGCCUAGAAGUGAGGGUUGCGCUGGCAGCAAUAAAUGAGUGGUUUGAGACCUGUUACUGAACAAGGUUGUCAUGGCAACACUGCAGUUGUUGCAAAUGCUUGUCACACUUUAUCAUAAAAUGGUUGAAAACUUUCACUGGAAAAUGUUUAUUGACACAAUGAGUUUUAAUGUCAUUAUAGAAUCGUAAAUAGAAAGGUGUAUUUUUGAAAGAUUAAAGCAAGAUUCAUGAUGUCUGGACUAGUCGGUCAAGACUAGCAGGAUUUCCGGAUGUGUAGGUCCAGACUGGCAAGGUUUCCAGACGAGUGGGUCCAGACAGGCAGGGUUUCCAGACGAGUGGGUCCAGACAGGCAGGAUUGCCAUACAAAUGGAUCCAGACUGGCAGGGUUUUCAGACAAAUGGAUCCAGACUGGCAGGGUUUUCAGACAAAUGGAUCCAGACUGGCAGGGUUUUCAGACAAAUGGGUCCACACUGGCAGGCUUUCCAGACAAAUGGGUCCACACUGGCAGGCUUUCCAGACAAAUGGGUCCAGACUGGCAGGCUUUCCAGACAAAUGGGUCCAGACUGGCAGGCUUUCCAGACAAAUAGGUCCAGACUGGCAGGCUUUCCAGACAAAUAGGUCCACACUGGCAGGCUUUCCAGACAAAUGGGUCCAGACUGGCAGGCUUUCCAGACAAAUGGGUCCACACUGGCAGGCUUUCCAGACAAAUGGGUCCACACUGGCAGGCUUUCCAGACAAAUGGGUCCAGACUGGCAGGCUUUCCACACAAAUGGGUCCACACUGGCAGGCUUUCCAGACAAAUGGGUCCAGACUGGCAGGCUUUCCAGACAAAUGGGUCCACACUGGCAGGCUUUCCAGACAAAUAGGUCCACACUGGCAGGCUUUCCAGACAAAUGGGUCCACACUGGCAGGCUUUCCAGACAAAUGGGUCCACACUGGCAGGCUUUCCAGACAAAUGGGUCCAGACUGGCAGGCUUUCCAGACAAAUGGGUCCACACUGGCAGGCUUUCCAGACAAAUAGGUCCACACUGGCAGGCUUUCCAGACAAAUGGGUCCACACUGGCAGGCUUUCCAGACAAAUGGGUCCACACUGGCAGGCUUUCCAGACAAAUGGGUCCACACUGGCAGGCUUUCCAGACAAAUGGGUCCACACUGGCAGGCUUUCCAGACAAAUGGGUCCAGACUGGCAGGCUUUCCAGACAAAUGGGUCCAGACUGGCAGGCUUUCCAGACAAAUAGGUCCACACUGGCAGGCUUUCCAGACAAAUGGGUCCACACUGGCAGGCUUUCCAGACAAAUGGGUCCACACUGGCAGGCUUACUAGACAAAUGGGUCCACACUGGCAGGCUUUCCAGACAAAUGGGUCCAGACUGGCAGGCUUUCCAGACAAAUGGGUCCACACUGGCAGGCUUUCCAGACAAAUGGGUCCACACUGGCAGGCUUUCCAGACAAAUGGGUCCAGACUGGCAGGCUUUCCAGACAAAUGGGUCCACACUGGCAGGCUUUCCAGACAAAUGGGUCCAGACUGGCAGGCUUUCCAGA